CCACCAUCACGCCGUCGACAGCUUACCUCGCCGAUCCGCUAAACGCAUAUGCGCACCUCAGCAUGCCGAAGCCAUUCGUGCACUUGAUCGGGCCACCUCUCGACGUCGCACUGGAUUCCCGCACUUCAGGCAACCUCGGCCGCUUCGUCCGCAGCGGGUGCCGCCCAAACGCUAUUCUCCGACCUGUCCUAUGUCCGCGCGGUAAGUCCCGCGCUGCAGCGCCGAACAGCACAGAUGACGACGAUCGCGAGACGUUGACCUUCGGCGUCUUCGCAACGCGGGAUCUCAAGGCGCACGAGGAGGUGGUUCUGGGCUGGGAGUGGGACGACGGCAGUGUUGUACAUCAGCUACCGGCACUCAUUGACAGCCCACAUAUAUUCCCUCCUCAUGAAUUCCAGCAUCUCCGCCAGCAGCUCAUUUCCAUGCUACACGCCCUCUCCUCGACCUUCACCACGUGUGCGUGUGGCUCGAGGACCCGGGAUUGCGCGCUCGCCCGAAUCGCCGAGUUCGUCGACAGCCAGACCCCACCCACUCCGUCACCCUCGCCUCCCACACCCUUCGCGGCUGAUGGCGAACUCUGGGGCGCGGCUGGGGAGCGAUCGCGCGCGCACAGCGGUGGUUCCGACGGAGUCGCCAAGAAGCACGUAAACCUGGGUCCGUUGGUUGGGGUCGAGCGUGGCUUCCGUACAAGAGAACGGGUACCAUGGUCUGGAGGCUUGGGUGGAGUGGAGAUGGUUCCUGCCUCGCCGACGUCGCCCGACGACAAGACCACGCACGACGAUAGUAGUACUUACACAAGCACGGCAGCGAAGUCGAGGAAGGAUCGCAAAGGGAAGUCCAAAGCGACCGACACCGACUACGCGCAGUGGGAGGCAGACACGAGCACGACUCCUGAUAUGGGCGAAGAUGCUGUGUCCACACCCACAGAAGCGACCAUGCCUCCAAAGCUGCGGAAACGGUGGAUCCGCAAGGUGUCUGACUCGUUGCGAGCCGCACAGUUGGCUGCGAAUGAUGACCCUCCUAUUGGUGUAAUCGGAGAGCCAACUAUGGACACUGGCCAGGAUCAGAGGAGUAGUGGGACGGAUGAACCGAUGCAGGUCGAUGAAUCAGCAGCAGAUCCUGCUGCAGCCGCCAUGCCGCCUCCUCCCUUACCUCCGCGCCUCGCCGCCCUCAGCCCCCGUACGCCCUCCUCCAUUACCUUGCCCAACGCUUCCGUCUUGUCUGGGGCGAACGAUACUCUGUCGCCUUCAACCCAUUUCGCUAACUUAUCCCUGUUGUCGCCUGUAACUUAUGGACCCUUACCUUACUUCACCACUAACGCUGCUCGCCGAAACUCCACUUCGCCCACCCCUCUCCCUCGUGCAUCACACGUACAGAGUCCUGAUAGCCCCUCGGAGCAGCAGAGCGUCAGCCCUCAGGACCACGAGCGUCGAUCGCCUCCAGUCCUCUCCAGACGAAGACAGCCCUUGACUGAGCCUACCGCUCCGAGCACUGUCGAAGUGAAGGCGUCUUCCCCUACGCACGAACCUCCGUCAUUUGAUGCCCGAUCUUCGUCCGCGACCGACCUUCCGCCGUCGCCGUCAACAUCUGCGACCCGGACUUACCAAACGCUGCUCAAGAACCCGCACCCAUGGAUGUCUAGCCGAGCACCACCCCAGAACACUGGCACGCCCGACCGCGAUAUCGCGAUGUCUUCGCCCUCCGCCGCCUCGCCGCGUCUUCCAGAGGAACACCCGGACCCCGCUCCCGACGCCACCACACAACCCGCGGACGAGCCAGCCCCAGCGCAGCGCACGCCCUCGCCGCCUCCGCGGCCGCCCUCCCCUCCGAAGGUCAAGCUGUCCCUGAAGGACUUUGCGCUCCGCAAGAAGAAGCUGCGCGAGCAGGAGGCGAGCAAGGCGCAGGAGCGGUCGAGCGUCGCGCCGUCAGACACGGCGUCGUCCUUGCCGAACACGCCUGCGGGGCAGUCGGCCACCCUCUUCGACUCGCCAGCGACGGCGAGCGUGGCGUUGGCUCCGGCUAGCGACGCUCCGAGUGCGAGCCCCAUUGCUGUACCGCCAGACAGUGCGGCUCACGCUACGGUCAAUGGGAUUGCGGAGGAGCGAGUGGUCAAGGCUCGCGAUGCCCCCACACGGGAAUCCUAUGGACUCAAGUUGGAGAUGAUGGAGGCAUCUGUUCCGCCAGAACCGCGUAUGACCAACGGGCACCACCCUACGCCCAGAGCCGAAGCCGAUGCUGAACCACUGACGAAGGCCCGCACUCCCGUGAGACACGAGAGCCCACACGCAGUCUCCCCCCCGCCCAAGUCGCACGCGCUCCCCCCGCGCUCAAACUCGCCCCCCACGCACCCGCGCUCGUUCUACCCGCCCCGCGCGCCCGCGGGGUUCGCCCCCCGCCGCCCGUUCCGCCACCAGACGUUGCAGAACACGCUCCCGCCCGACCGCCACCUGCCCAGUGGGCCGAGGGCGCUCCGGGGGCUGCACGACGCGCCGUAUGCUGCGCAGUCCUCGAGGCCGUCGGGGGGAGGGCCGUUGCCGAGGGGUCCAUCCGCGGAUAGGGAGAGGAUGGAGUGGGACCGCGACCGCGACAGAGACAGGGACAGGGAUAGAGAUAGAGACAGAGAGAGGGGGGAAAGAGACAGAGAGAGGGUGUGGGUGCCGUCCGCGAGGGGGCGGGGGCGGGGAGCGAGUUGGAAUCGGUGAAGGUGAGGCGGUGUGUUAAUUAUGGCUAUUGUAUUUUUGUGGGCUCUGUCGUUUUUUCUUGUUCCUUGUUCUCGUUUCCCUCCGUCUGAGUGCGUACAAUGCUAGCGCGCUGAUCAGUGU